AGGGAACCUGGUUAUCACGAGUGCGUUUUUGCCUCAGUCCUCACUCCGGCAGAGGACAUCACACAGACAGCAUGGGAGGCGAAUACGUGUGCACGCUGAGUGAGGAGCUGAUCCAGAGGGCCAAGGAUGAGCUCGGCGAAGACCCCGCGAGGAGAGCUCAGGACAUCGAGCACAUCAGGGACUGGCUGAAGCACCAACCGCACAUCAGGGCCCGCACAGAUGACUGGACAAUCCUCAGAUUCCUGCGAGGCUGCAAGUUCUCCCUCGAACGGACGAAGGAGAAGCUAGACAUGUUCUACACCUGCAAGAGCCUCUGUCCCGAGUGGUACACAAACAGGGACCCGCAGGACAAGAAGAUGCGGGAGAUACUUGAAUUGGGCAUGUUCCUCCCCGUCCCCGGCCACGACCACCUGGGACGCAAAGUGGUCAUCAUCCGCACGGCUUUGCACGACCCCAAGACGACCAGGAUGGACGAGGUGUUCAAAGCGACGAACAUGAUCAACGACGUGAUGAUGGAGGAAGAUGAACAGAGCUCCAUCACCGGGUUUGUUCAGGUGCUCGACAUGGAGAACACAUCGGCGGCACAUACCAUGCAGAUGACGCCCCCGCUCGUCAAGAAGGCCAUGAUCAUCUGGCAGGACGGGUAUCCGAUGCGACCCAAAGGAUUGAACUACAUCCACACUCCAGCCGCCUUUGAUACGGUCUUCAGCAUCUUCAAGUCGUUUAUGAAGGAGAAGAUGAAGAGGAGGAUCCACAUCCACGGCAGCGACCUGGAGAGCCUCCACAAGGAAGUCCCGAAGGAGAUCCUCCCGGCUGAGUACGGCGGCACCAACGGCACGGUCGAGGACAUCAAGAACUACUGGCUCCAGCGCGUGGACGCCCGUCGGGACUGGCUCCUGGAGGACGAGAAGUACGGCGUGGACGAGUCGAAGCGCCCCGGGAAGGCCAAGACGUCCGCCGACCUCUUCGGGAUCGAGGGCUCCUUCAGGAAGCUCAACGUAGACUGAGGGAGGUUUGGCGAGGAGUGUGGACAGGAGGGAAGUCUUCAGCCGGUGGAGGAGGUCCUGGGAAUGUGAGGAGGGGGAUAAUUUUGUUAUUGAUUAAAAGGGGUUUUGAGGAGCUCGAAAUAACGAAAAUGAUUCUUUGAUAUAAUAAAGAUUCAUACUUGCGUAUAUAUAUAUAUAUAUAUAUAUAUAUAUAUAUAUAUAUAUAUAUAUAUAUAUAUAUAUAUAUAUAUAUAUAUAUAUAUAUAUAUACAUAUAUAAAGUCAGCUUAUCACUGUAAAAUCCAACACAUUACGUGCUUCUGCCGCCCAUGAAAAUAAAACUUAAUAAUAAUG